AUGACGUCACAUGGUCGCACCCUCCAAGAUUCUCGGCGCAUCGCUCAAGAUGAGAUCGCGCGCCUCACGCGCGCUUCAGAGUCGGAAACGACACCGGCUUCUCGUAUGAAGUCGUUUAAGCUGGAUGUUGCCAAAUUCGGCGGAGCGGAGUCUGACAAACUCCUCUGCUGGCUUUUACAAGUCAGCACUGCUGCUGACGCUCAGCGUAUCCCCGACGACGCCACCUGCAAAGGUCGUGCGGGAGAUUGGGCGUUCUCCAAACACUUGGCGGACCGCCACUGCUUCCAGUCCUUCGUGGUCUUUGAGACCGAAUUUAUGGCAAUGUUUCUGCCACCCAACUGCGCCUUUCGUUAUCGCUCGCAAUAUCUGGCUUGCAAGCAAGGGAAACGCUCCCUUCAAGAGUUCAUCCAUGAUCUUUGCUACUUGGCUGCGAACAUCAACGAUAAAGAGUCACUGCCGGAACCCAUACGGGUGACCGUUUUCAUGGACGGUCUCAACCAAGGCCCGGCGCACACAAAGCUGUUUCGAGCCUACCCGGACACCUUCGAAGAAGCCGUCCGAAUCGCGCUUUCGGAAUCAUUUUCCUUCUCCUUCGCGCACGCACGCGCGGCGUCCUCGGACAUGGAAGUCUCCAUGCUCGCCCAGGCAUCGGGCUACCGCACGUGUAUCAAUUGCGGUCGCCCGGGACACUUCUCCCGCGCAUGCCCAGCACCUCGCCGUGUGGCGUCAGCCGCUCCUCCCUCACUCGGUUCCUCCCGUGCCGCUCCUGGGUUGGGCUCCAACCCAACAAAAUGA